CAAGAAAAUUGCAAUGCACAUCAAUCCUUUCCCCCUAGCCCAAACCCCUUUAAAUGACCCAAAUUCAGUAGAAUCAGUACCUAACCAACACAUGAUCAACUAGAUCACCAAAUGGCUUCUAAUUCUCUUAACUUCCCUCUCUUCACCUUCUUCUUAGUUACCCUCCUCAUAACCUCAAUCACCACCACUGCCGAUGGAACUUUCUCCGACGAGGUCUCCGAAGCCAUAUCUCUAAAGCGAAUCGAAAAAACAACUCAUCUCCAUUUCUACUUCCACGACAUCACUAGUGGCAAAAACCCAACUGCAGUAAAAAUUGCUGGGCCCCAAGAUUCCCCGGGCGUUGGUUUUGGAAGUACUUUCAUUAUUGAUGAUGCACUAACUGAAGGCCCAGAGCUCACUUCGAAGCUCGUUGGGAGGGCCCAGGGUAUGUACGCGCUUGCAUCGCAAAAUAACAACCCGGAGUUGCUUAUGGUUGUAACUUACAAAUUUGUGGAGGGACCAUACAAUGGGAGCAGCAUAAGUGUGCUUGGGCGGAACCCGGUAAUGAAUGAUGUGAGGGAAUUUCCGGUUGUUGGCGGCAAUGGGCUUUUCCGGCUAGCUCGUGGGUAUGCAUUGGCCCAUACUGUCAUGUUCGACAUCGCGACAGGAGAUGUCACUGUCGAAUACAAUGUUUAUGUUAUGCACUCUUGAAAAAUCAUGUUAUGCCUUUGGAUUUCUUUUUUUUUUAUAACCGGAUGUCCAGGCCAGGCACCUCGACUAAUUCCUGUUAGUGAUAAGGUCUGCUUUGGUUGGCAUGAAGUUGAUUUCAAACUGUUGGUCGAUGAUGCAUUUGCAAUUUUGUUUGUUCUCCUUUAAUAUACCACUUGUGACCGUAUUAUAAACGA